UACGGUCAAGAUGAAGCGGUUAACUCUUGGUUUAAUACUUCUCAUCACCAUCAACUGCUGCUUUUCGUUAACCGAAAAGCAGAUGAAAUCAGCUGCGAAAUUAGUGAGGAAUUCUUGUAUACCCAAAUCCAAAGUAACCGAAGCACAAGUGAUGAAAUUACAUGCAGGCGAUUGGGCCGACGAAUCUAAUCCAAUUAAGUGUUACAUGAAUUGCGCUCUGUCUAUGCUGAAAGUCUGCAAGAAAAACGGUGAAUUCGAUCUUGAGGCGGCAUUGAAACAAGUGCCAACUUUACCCGAAUCGAGGCAAGAACCUACAGCUUCUUCCAUGAAGAAAUGCGGAGAGGAAGUUCAAGCCAACGACGAUAAAUGCGAUUCUUCUUGGCGAUUCGCUAAAUGCUUAUACUUCGAUAAUCCUGAGAACUAUUUUCUGCCUUAAAACUGGACUUCGACCAAAUUCGACCACUUUCCAAUACGACUUCAAGCAUUCAUUUGUGAUGAUUUCUUCUGCAUUUUUUUCUAUGUUAUAUAAUUAUGUGUUUAUUUUAAAACGUUGCUGAUAUCAUUAGUAUUAAGUCUUCCAAAUGCUGUUGUUUCUGCUGCUUUUUUUUACAUAUCGUUGCUAAU